UAAUUUUUUUUUAAAGCGCUUAGAACGUGCAAUUUUAUAUAUAUUUUUCAAGAGGAAAACCGAGUUGAAAUUCUCUUGUAAAUCAUCACUUUAUCACCAAUUUUUAUUUUGGCUUCGUCUUCAAAUCCCUCCUCCACACGCUAGUUAAGAGUAACAUUUACUUUUGUAGGGUACGCAGUAAGCAUCAGAGAUGGAUUUUGUGCAGAAAAAAGUGAACAACUUAGGAAGAAAAGUUGCUACUUUCCCUUAUGUAGAAACUAUUGGAAGAGCUCUCUUUGCAUCAUCCUUCUUCUUCUCUGCUUGGCAUGAUUACAUGGAGCUCAGAUCCAAUUGGGAAACAACAGAGGAUUACUGGAGACCCAAGUUAGGCUAUUCAGGAGAUCAGAUUAAGCAUCUUAUGGCAGUUAGUAUCAUAGUGAAGACGCUUGGUGGACUUAUCUUCAUCUAUGGCAACUUCUUUGGAGCCUUCCUCUUGCUUCUACAACAAGGUAUUGCUACAAUGAUACACCAUGAUUUUUACAACCACCGCAUCGACGUUGAAGAAUUGGGACUGUUUUACCUCAAGUUCAAAAGGGUCCUAAACGAAACUAUGUCGUAUGAUGCCGCACACAAAUUAUACAAGUCAAACUUUGACGAGCAGCAAAUUGAGCAAGCCGUAUCAAAAUUCCGUGAGCUUGCGGAUCACGCAGUUACAAACCCUGCCUUGUUCGGAGAUAACGAGUUUUUUCGACGCCUCUUAAGCUUCAUCAAGGCAUUGGCCGUAGUAGGAGCAUUGCUCUUUUUCGUGACCAUGAAGCACAGACUCAGCAAAGCCAAAAAGGAUUCCAAAGUUAAAACUGACUAGAACUAUGCCAGUUUCUAUAUGUUACCUUCCUUUACAGAUUCAUGUGAUUCACUGUCUUUAUGUGUUGGUUUAAUUAUCGAGUUAUCUUUUGGUCAAGGAACAAACAUUACCUCUCUCUCUCUUUCAGUGUAUCGAUUCUUUAAUAAUCCAUGUAGAAGCAGGUGUGAUUA